GGGAGAGAGGAGUCAUCUCAUAAUUCCAAUUAGGCAACAAAACGAGCGUUUAGGUGUUAAACCGAGCGCAACUGUCCUUUUUGAACCGGGAUCAAAGACUAGUGCUGAGAAUUUGAAAAGUAGGGUAGUGUGGACUAUGUUCCUUGUUCACUAUAGGGCACUCAUAUUUCCUCUUCUGAUCCGUCAAGGAAAACCAACACCAUUUUUCACUUUUGUGUUAGCCUUUCUGUUCUGUGUUUACAAUGGAUACUUGCAGGGCCGAAGCUUAAGCAACUAUGUAACAUACCCUCCAGGCUGGUUGAAAGAUCCACGCUUCGUUAUAGGUUUUAUAGGGUGGUUGGUCGGCAUGGCAAUCAAUAUUCAUUCUGAUCAUAUUCUCAGAAAUUUGAGAAAACCAGGGGAAACCGGUUACAAGAUACCAAGAGGAGGAAUGUUUGAGUAUGUCAGUGGAGCCAACUUCUUUGGAGAAAUCCUGGAAUGGUUUGGGUUUGCCCUUGCCUGCUGCACCAUUCAAAGCCUUGCAUUUGCAUUGUGUACUCUUUUCAUCUUGGGUUCAAGGGCCAAACAACACCACAAAUGGUACCUUGAGAAAUUUGAAGACUACCCGAAGUGUAGAAAAAUUGUGAUCCCAUUUUUGUACUGA